CGUUCUUUAUGUAGCGUAUGCGUAUGCGUGCACUGUGCUUAGAUUGAUACGAAGUCGGUGCGCCAAAUAGAAACCGGCAUUAAUCUCGUUUAGUGGAUAAUAAACAGUGCAUGCGGACGAAAUUUGACAUUCGACAAUUUCGUCGCAAUAUUCGCCCAGUAAACUGUUCAAGUUUUACGGAUGCUUUGCACAGUUGCAUAUAAGCACUUGGCGCAGAUGCCGUUUGGCCGGUUGCGUUGCACAGGGAGGACCAGUUUGAUGUGCUGUUAAGAGUGAUAGGAGAGCAAGCGAUAAAAUCCAUAUGAGUGGAUCAUUCGCGAUUGUGGUUUUACUGGAAGUUAGUGUGCACAUCUGAUCUCAUUGGGCGCGCAAAACCUAUCACGGAAACAGGGAGUUUUCAUAAAAUUGUAAUUGGUGUGCCACGCGAAGUCCCCAUUUAUGAUGGACAAUAAUGAGCAGUAUAAAUUCUUCUCUAAAUAAUAAUUUAGACUUUUAUUGUGUCAUAAUCGUUAAGCUUAUUGUCCAUUGCCACUGUGAUAUAUCCAAGCGCAUCUAGCUGUUUUCGUCUGUCAUCAUCUCCUGCUGUUAUAUCCUGAUAAUACCCAUCCAAACGUUCCUAUUUGGCCUUUCAAAACGACACUUUUCCAGAAAAAAUGAUCGGCUCUUAUUUUCCUAAUCCGUCAAUGUGGCAAUCCUCGUCGUCCGCCGCGGCCACCGAUGCCGCUGCCGCCGCGGCGGCACAGUAUCCCGCGGCAGUUACCGGCAGUACCGCCGCUACACUACAGGAUCACUAUUCUUCCUACAAAUAUUCUAAUGCGGGUGCAUUCGGAAAUGCCGCCAACACCGUGACCAGUGAUUCGUAUUUCGGCAAUCCCAAUCCGACGGCGACAGCCUACGGGGGCUCAUUCGCCGUUUCGCCCUAUGCUGGGUUAAGGUCACCGCAUUCGCAAGUCAACGCCAGCGGCAAAUCGUCAGCUGCAGCGGCAUCGGAUUCAACGUCUAAUUGUUACUAUCAAGAUCCCAGAGGUUUCUCUCCACAGCACGCCGAUACUCAUCACAGUCACACUGGAAUGGGUUAUCCCGGAAACACCAUGGCCGCCAAUAUGGCCAUGGUGGCGGCCAAUAUGGCUGCAUAUCAUGCGCAUGCACACCACCACGCUAAUCCCAUCUCACCUACGCUCCCAACAAAUCAUCUGCAGAUGGGCGCCGAAUCUCCGAAUUCCGUAGCGGCUUCGCUUGGUUUUAGCCAAAAAGUUCCUUUAUACCCUUGGAUGCGCACCUAUGCAGACGGCGGAUUUGGCAACAAGCGCACGCGUCAGACGUACACCCGUUAUCAGACUCUGGAGCUCGAAAAAGAAUUCCAUUAUAACCGAUACCUGACUCGCCGGCGGCGAAUCGAGAUUGCCCAUUCGUUAGGCUUGACAGAGCGGCAAAUAAAAAUUUGGUUCCAAAAUCGCCGUAUGAAAUGGAAGAAAGAGCAAAAAUUGACCAGCCUCAAUCAGCAGCCCGACAGUCCCGACGGAUCAGGAGCGGCCGCUUCCUCCACGGCAACCAAGACAGAGCCCAAGUAGUCACAUGCUCCGCACUGAUUGCCACAGUUGUACGUCACAUCAUACCAGUUAUCUCCCUUGUUCUGCUGCCACACAACGAACUUGUCUAGUGCAUCUUUUGGUCUCCGUUUUAUUAUUUUUUUAUCUCCUGCAUGUCAGUUGUUUAAGUUUUGUAACCUUUGCGAUUAAUAUUCGUAGUAUUAACUGGAAUUUCCGGUUUCGUUUGGCUUGACCUUAAUUGUUACUGUUGCAUAACUGUUACGUAACUAGAGUUCAAAUGUUGAGUGCUUAUUACUGAUAUUGCACAAAAUUUGCUGAUACAUUUGGAUUAAAUCAACCCGAAUACAU